ACGAGAAGAACAGCGAGAAGAAGCCAAAGAGAGAGAAUGAAUAGAACGACGCAAUCCAUGGCGUCUCUUCUGCCGUUGCUUCUCUUGGCAACCGUAGUGUCAGGUCAAAUUCCUCCCAUUAUAAACUAUGUGUUAAAGUUUGACGAUGGCACUGACGCGCAAUGCCGUCGAUUGUUUGCCAUUGAAAACAACUUGCCCUUUGAAGAAGCCGGAUUCUUUUGUCUGGUGAUUGAUCCCGAGGACACUGCAUUACUCUAUGCCUCGUUUGAUACUAGCAAUGGAUGGGAAAUCGCCGAGACCAGUGCAUGGUUCAACACGAAUAUCGACGAUCUAGAGACCGACAAAGACGGAUCUCCCCGUACCGACCGUUUCCCGUACCAGAGCGACAAUGACAUUGAUCCCGACGAACCCGUGACGACCUACGGAUUCCCUGUCUUGCUAGCCAAUGCCGGAUUCGACUGCAAUUUGGCUGCCGCCGAAGGAGAACAGAUUCUAGGAUCCGCCUUUGCACAGCUCGUACGAGAAAAUGCCGACGGAACGACUCAAGAAAAUGAUGGAUGGGCCGAUGGUGUCAUUCCCGAAGACCCGGAAGCUGACAUUUUUGCCAUUUUCAACUUUACACUCCAAUGUGUCGAUUCCGCACAACUCACCGAUGCUCCCACGGCCAUGCCCUCGUUGCCCCCCAUCAUGACGCCCGCACCCAUCAUCACACCCGCUCCCGUCAUGACACCCGCUCCCUUCAUGACACCCGCGCCCGUGCCUGUCCCUGCCACUCCGGCACCCACCGAUACCAUGUUGCUCGACGAUGGAGCCAUGUGCGAUGACAAUAUGGAUUGUCGGUCGGGAGCUUGUGACAUUCAGGGAUUCUGUCUACUCAGUGCCGGGAAACCGUGUACCGAAGACGCUGUCUGCGGGACUAGCUCUUGCAUCAAUGGAUUGUGUGGCACUUGCACUCCCAACGGAGGACAACAACAACAAGACACUGUUUUGACUAGGGAUUUGGUAGAGAGGAGUCGCGUCACGGCACAGCUCACGCAGUGGUUGCAGACGGGAUUCCCCGCGGCCCCACCGCCAAUCGAGUUGACCGAAUUGGGAGUCUACAAUCAAAACACCAACAAUCAGGCCAUGGUAGCCAAGGUCGAUGGCGUUUGUUAUGGAAUCUUUGCUCCCACGGAAACGCAAGACUUGUUCAACUUUGGUACCACACCGCUGUCGUCCUUUCAACAAACGUGCAACGUGCAUGAACGAGCUCAUUCGGCCUACUUUGCACCCGAACAACAAUUCUGGGAUUUGCGAUUGGCACAAUGUGCCAGCACUUGUCUCAAUACCAAUCAGCUAGGACUCCCCAAUUCCCCCGAGACACCCAUUGUGGUCAUGGAGAAUCGCAUCAUUCCCAUACCCACGGCGUUGGAUCCCGAAGCCUGUCCCAUUGUGAUUGGUGGACACGGCUUGGGAGGAGGUGCCGCGCUCGUCGCGAGUUUGACGUUGUUGGAUCUCGAACCCCAAGUCAUUACCUUUGGAGCUCCUCGUGCUAUUGCUCCCAAUUGUCCACUCAUGAACCAUGGAGCGGCGCUACGUCAUACGCGAUUCGUAAACUUGGCCUAUGUCCCGUCGCAAGAUACCAACCUCUUUGAUGCCAUUCCACAACUCGGCAGCACUCCCAACAUGCCUACAUUGCAUCAUUACGGGACGCCCGUCUUUCUCGACGAAACUCAAACUAUUGUGCUCGAACUCAACGAUGAUUCCACUCGAGCCAGUAUUUACAACAAUGACCCCAAUGCCGAUGUCAUGAUGCCGUCUCAAUUGUCGCUCUAUACCACACGCAUCCAACAGCUGGCGCUGGAAUCCUGUUUCCCCAUUCCGGCCGCACCGGCAUGGGCCAAUGGACAUUGGUGCGAUCAAGAUGAUUUGUGCGCAUCGCAACGCUGUCGGCCAUUCAUCUCCUUGGGAGGAGCUUCGUCGGUCGGAAUCUGUGCUGCCAAGGGACUCAAUGAAGAUUUCUGCUCGGAAAAUGGAGAUUGUGUCUCCAAUAUCUGUAACGGGGGACUCUGUUUGGGUGGAAGUCCACCGGGUCCACCUCCUGGCACACCUCAGGGUCCACCGCCCGGUACUCCGCAGGGUCCUCCUCCCGGCACACCUCAGGGUCCACCACCCGCUACUCCUCAGCCAGGCACACCACCUCCCGCACCCGCACCGGAUACUGGCACAGGCGGAUCCUGUUCGAUUUGUACCAUGGGCAGUGAUUGCCAAUCGGGUGUCUGCAAUGCAUUUGCCAGUGUACCAGGAGCGCCCUCUGGAGACGCCAUGGUCUGUGCCGAAACACCACAAGGAACCAUGUCCAAUGGCUGCUUCUGCAACCCCAACGACAAUGCCCAGUGUACCGACGGUCGAUGCGAAUCUGACUCGACGGGGAAUCUUUGGCUCUGUAUCACUCCUUUGGCCGCAUGUCAGCCCUGCGACGAACCCUCGGAUUGUCAAAGUGGAAACUGUCUCAAUGGAGAGUGUGGUCUCCAGUCGGGUGAUCCAGCCGACUGCAGUGACGGUGGUGGCACCAACCUUCCCAGUGGGACCAAUGCUCCCACCGACGCGGGCCCGCCCCUAUUGAAUGGUUUUGAAGCUCCUCCGUCUUGUAUCAUGUGCGCCGCCGAUGAAGAUUGUCAAGGCAAUGGUGCUGGUGCUAUUUGCAUGAUGGGAAGGUGUACGUUGGACAGUGGUUUGCUCGAGGAAAACUGUCCUUGCCCACCAGGCAGUUCUGGAGAUCCAUUUUGUGACACGGGAUUGUGCAGUCGCGUCGAUGUUGCAUGGGUCUGUAGGCCCAAGGCGGAGAAUGGUGGCACCUGCUUAGAAAAUGUUGAGUGCAUGAGUGACUUUUGUGGCCCUGACAAUGUAUGUGCCGAUGGCGGUGUUCAGCCUGCGGGUCGUCGUCUUCUGCGUCUUGGGUAAACUGGUAUCGUUAUUUGAUUGGUGAGGAGAGCUGUACGGUGUCUUUGUUGCCCUCCUGUCUUUCUGGCUACCGUAUCACACCUCACAAACGAUGAGUGGGAAAGACUGCCUGCUUUCGUGGGAGCCUUCGUUAUUAUUCCAUCAUUGCUUAUUUAUUUGUUUGCUCUACAUGAGAAAUACAAUGCUACUAGCUAGUGUCCAUACUUUACUUUUAAUCUAGCUACAGUUCGUAGAAUUGGAAGCAGCAGGGCUCCAUUUCCAACCACCCAGAACGAGGAGGCAGCCCCGUCAUACAGUAGCUCCAACAAGUAAGUUUGCAGAAUUCUUUUCGAUGUGGUGC